AUGUGUCAAAAAGUUCCAACAGGAGAAAAUCUAACUUCUGUUGAUGAAGAAAGUUCAGAUGCUGGAAGUACAAAAGGGCCGCGUAAUAUUAAAACAUGUGAUGUUAAAAUAAGUCAUGGUAAAACACGUGGUUGUCGUCAUCAUAAGUCACAGUUUUCUGACAUUUACCCACAUAUCCCAGGACGAUGGUUUCUGAAGCAGGAUUCCAUGAAUUUCCAGCGAAAUCCCUGA